AUGGUAGAUGUUAAAGGCAUGGUGAGCGAUGGCCAGCGUCUUGAGGGUCAUUCCAAGACCCGGGCCGCCGCCCACAACCAGGUGACGGGGCUGGGCGAGCAGGUAAGCGUGCAGCUGCAGAGCCCGUCGGCGGCCGCAGACAUCGCUCCCGGCCACGACGUCUCGCUGCGCUGCAAGGCCGACGGCAGCGGGGACCUGCGCUACGCCUGGUACAGGAAUGGUGAGAGACUAAGUAAGUCUGAGCAUCUUGGAAUACAUGGACAUCGACUGCACAUCAGAAAUGUGAGUGUUGCUGACAAUGGUGUGUACCGAUGCACUGCCCACAAUAAAGCUGGUUCAAGAAACAGCACUGUUAACUUGGUACUAACUGUUCCAGGUCAGAAUAUUGCAUCAAUUUUGCAACCGCCAUCAAACCUGCUAGUAAAAAGAGGGGACACAGCAGUGUUUGACUGUGUUUUUGAGAAUGCUGAUGAAACAGAAUGGUACCUCUGGCCACAUUCUGAAGCAAUCAAGAAUUCAACUAGGUACUCAGUUUUUUCUAAUGGAUCACUUGUUAUAUACAGUGUUAAUGAUGAGCAUCCAACAGAUGACAGGGGCACUUACUCUUGUGUAGGAAUAAGAGGAAAAGAGAAGCAGACAUAUUCUGCUGAGCUGAAAGUUGCUUACCUCCAACCUCUCACAAGCAAUUCAUUUGAACCACCACUCCCAGAUGAUGGGAUCAGAGUGGUGGCAGAGCGGAUGGAAUUUGAAACAACCUGUUUGCCUCCUGAUGGUGAUCCACCACCUCGGGUCUGGUGGCUUGACCCACAAGAGCGUGUCGUUACUGAUACAGGCCCUGUGCGGGUCGAUGACACACGGCUCAUAAUUGCAGCAGCACGCCCAGGGAAGGACGAUGGAAAUUACUCUUGCAUUGCGGAAAAUCUUGCGGGAACCAGUACUGCAAAUCUUCAACUUAUUGUGUCUACUCCACCAACAGUGUUAGCAUCGCCAAUUCCUGUGACAGUGGAAGAAGGAGAGUCAGCUAUCUUCAGGUGUCAGUUUGAAGCUAUGCCUUUUCCAGUAACUAAAGUCCACUGGUUGAAGGAUGGGAAACAACUAAGAGAAGCUGAACACUUGAAAACCAAUCCUCGGACGGGAAUUCUAAACAUUACGGAAGUGUUCUUGGAGGACAGAGGACAGUAUAGUUGCCAAGUUAAUACUACAGGCUUUCCACCUCAAAUCUCCAAAGCUGCUACUCUUUUUGUUAAAGAAAAGUUGAAAUUUAAUCCACGGCCAGUCAAUAAGAAACUUGAAUUAGGUUCUGAGUCUCGCGUUUAUUGCAAGGCGCAGGGUUCAGAUCCACCAGUUAUAAAAUGGUUUAAGGAGGGAGAAAAUAUGUUUGAACUUCCAAAGCAUGUGCAAGACCACAAUGGCACGUUAGUUUUUACUAGAGUUACUAUGAAUGAUAAGGGACGAUACACAUGUGUCGCAACAAACACUCAGGGUAUUAUAAAUGCAACAAUAAACAUUGAUGUAAUAGUGACACCAAAAUUUACUGUACUACCCCAGAAUCCAACAAGAGCAUAUGAAGGCCACUCAGUUAUGAUUCAUUGUAUAGCUGAAGGUGAUCCUAAACCUACAAUCAAAUGGGAUAGAAACAGCAAUUUUAGUGCUUUAGAGCAGGACAGGUUUACAGUCCUAAAGAAUGGUACCCUGUGGGUGAAGGAAGUGCAGCUGUCUGAUGAGGGGCGGUAUGGAUGCACUGCAGGAAACAGUGGUGGUUUUAAGCGAGAAGAAGUUGUGCUUUAUGUACAAAGUGGUGAAGGGUACCGGCCAAUGGAAGGGUCUGAUGAGGAUUCAAUGAUGACAAAAACAGUGACAAUAACAUUGACAGCUGCAGCUGCAUACAUGGUACUUGUAAUAGGCCUGAUGAUUUGGUGUCGCUAUCGUAGGCGCAAGAGGAAACAAGCGUACAUGGAUGCAAAUGGAGCAGAAGGGACAAAUACACUUUUGACAAAGGCAGAGAAUGGUGAAGCUGUGGGGGAACACACAGAACUAAAGGAGACUGGAGGAUUGUGCCUCACAGGUGGUGCAGGUCCAAGGAGUGAAGGUGAUGGAGGUGACACUGGCCAUUCCCACAGUUCUGGCCACAGCAAGCGUUCUAAAAAUGGCUAUGAUAAAGUUUCAGUCUCUCGCAAGGAUCUUCAUAGUUUAGUUCUCUUAGGGCACUGUGACUUUGGUGAAGUAUUUUUAGCCAAGAUGAGAGGCUUGCAUCUGGAAGGUGAUGAUAAAGUUAAAGAAAAAGAAGACAAAGAUUCUGUUGUCAUGAUAAAAGCACUACAGUCCACAAGGGAUGAAAACUUACUGCAAGAAUUUCGCAGACAGUUAGAUAUGUUUCACAGAUUACAACAUGAGAAUAUAGCAAAACUUGUAGGCUUAUGUCGUGAUGCAGAGCCACAUUACAUGGUGCUUGAGUACACUGACUGGGGUGAUCUCAAACAAUUCCUUCUUGCAACACGAGGAGGAAAAGAUGGAAUCCGUACCAAAAGUCAGCGGCCUCAACCUCCACAGCUAUCAGUUACACAGAUUAUUCAACUAGCUAACCAAGUUGCUCAAGGAAUGGAGCAUCUUGCCAACCAUAGACUGGUGCACAGAGAUCUUGCUGCGAGAAACUGCCUUAUUGCGUCAAAUCUCACGGUCAAAGUUUCUUUGCCAGGUCUUUGCAAGGACACUUACAGUAAAGAAUACUGCAGUCAUCAUAACCAGAUGAUACCUUUGAGGUGGAUGCCUUAUGAAGCAGUAUUUGAAGACGAUUAUUCAACAAAGUCUGAUGUCUAUGCAUUUGCUUGCCUUGUGUGGGAGAUGUUCCACCAAGGAGAGCUUCCAUUCCCCAAAAUGAGUGAUGAAGCAGUUCUCUCUGCUUUGAAGAAACAUGAACUACAGUGGAAACCACAUAAAGCAGCACCUCAAUCUUUACAAAGUCUUCUUCUUAGCUGUUGGUCUGAGAGUCCACGUGACAGACCUACAUUCAAUCAGCUUGUUGUUACCAUAGGAGAGAUUUCGAUAGACAGUGAAAUCUGAGUGAUGUGUUAGUGAUUGGUGUCUUGCUAGUCUCACUUCUUAUUGGAGUUGUAACAUUUUGUUUUAGUUAAUGACUGAACUGUGCAAAGGAAAAAGUAUCAGCUUCAACUUCAGACUCUUUGAAUGUGUGAUUUAUUUAUUAUGUGUGAGUGUGUGCUUUGCAGGAAAGGUAUCAGAUUGUGAUAAUUGACUGAAAAAUGGAAACUGUUCACAUUUAUUAAUUUUUUAAAAAAAACCCAAAAGUUUUACUAAAAAGAUCUCCUUUGUGUGCUAUUGAACACAGACAUUGCCUUAAUACUCUUAAGUAUUAUUUUACAUAUUGUAUUCUUUUUUCUUGUAUCUAUUGAAAUUGGUGAAACUCAUGUCACGUGUUCUAAAAAUGUUUCCACUGUAAUAUAAUAUCGUAACAUUUGAUAUGUGCCCAGCAAGAGAAGUUGUUGACUUCUUCUUUGAUGUUUACAAGUAUUUUGCAUUACAGUAUUAACUCAUAUACCUAUAUACAUAAAUGACUGACCCAGUGUGCGUAUGCAGUUUUAACAAUGGGCUUGUAUUUUUUGACAAAAGAAGAAGAGAUUUUGUAUGGAGUUACUACAUAUCACAGUUUUUCAAAUUUUAAAUGACAUUUUUGGCAUUUUGAGCUGAAGAAUUACUGAAUUAAUAUACAGAUGGACCAUACUGUAACAGCUGCCCGAGG